UCUGAGCCAUACGACCCCUAUAUUCCAAACACCCCGCGUGCUGGUCAGCAGAAUGCCGGCGCAGGAGGCAACCAAAAGACGACUCGUGUACAAGCACAAGUAGACGAGGUUGUUAAUAUUAUGCAAGAGAACAUCGAUAAAGUCAUGCAGCGUGGUGAAAGAUUGGACGACCUUCGAGGAAAAACAGAGGACCUUCAGUCAACAGCCGGACACUUCCGCAGAGGCGCAAACCAAGUACGUAAGCGUAUGUGGUGGAAGGAUUUGAAAUGGAAGAUUAUUAUUGCUGUAACCAUCCUCGUUAUCCUUGGCAUCAUUAUC